CACUUGCCAACACACUUGUUAUGUGCCACAGCUGACUUGGAAAUUCCCUCUCCCCUCUCUGUCAGUCCCAGGCAGUUCUUCACGGCAGUGUUGCGAAAUUAUUGUUUCCUGCCUUCUCUAUCUUCUUGUCAUUUCAACACAACAUCGGUGACAGUGACAGACCAUGCCGCUAGUUCUCUAUUACUUGGCGCCCAGCCCACCCGCCCGCACAGUCAACCUGAUCGUACAUGCACUCGACUUGCCGGUCGAGUAUAAAACUGUUGAUUUGUUUAAAAAAGAACAUUUAGCACCAGAAUUUCUCAAGUUGAAUCCUCUCCACACGGUUCCUGUGAUUGAUGACGAUGGCUUCAUUUUGUGGGAGAGUCGAGCCAUUAUAACAUAUCUGGUGUCCAAGUACGGGAAGGAUGAUUCACUCUACCCGAAGGAUCUGCAGAAGAGAGCAAUCGUUGAUCAGAGACUGCAUUUCAGUAACGAUGUCUUCUACGUCAUAAGGCAGCUAACGGGAGGGAUAGCCCUCAGGAACGAAGCGCCGACGCCUGAGCUGAUAGAAAAAGUGAAAGUUGUCCAAGAAAACAUUGAGAAGCUUCUCACUGGAAACAAAUUCAUGGCAGGUGACACUCUGACUGUUGCCGACUACAGCUUCAUCACGCUUGUCGACCUAGUCGAGGUUUACUGUCCUCCAGAUGGCAAGUUUCCUUUGACAAAGCAAUGGGUCAGUCGGUGCCAGUCGUCCAUGAAGGACUUUGAAAAAGCAAACAAAGAAGGUUCUGAAAUAAUAGUGAAUGUAGUACAGAAUUUCAUUAGUAAAACAAGGAGGAAGUGCACUAGUAUCUUCUCUCUCACUCGUUUAUAUACUCUCUAUCUCUCUCUCUCUCUCCUCUCUCUUUAUCUCUCGGUCAAGGUCGGCUAUCAGACAUACCAGCCACGACUGGAUAAUCAUCCUAUCAGUCCCAGUUGGCGCCCAUCUCUUCAGCUCACAACACACCUACAGCAGCAACCUCUCUUCCAUAAAGUUGUGUGUUUGAAGGAAACCAUGCCUCUUACCCUGUACUACGCAGAAGUCAGCCCCCCAGUACGAUCUGUGGACCUGGUCAUCCACGCUCUCGGAUUGUCUGCUGAACACAAGGAUAUCAACUUGUUCGAAAAAGAAACCAGGACUCCAGAAUAUCUUAAGGUGAACCCUCUACAUACGAUUCCGGCUAUUGAUGAUAAUGGAUUUAUCCUCUGGGGAAGCCAAGCAAUCAACACCUACCUGGUGUCCAAGUACGGCAAGGACGACUCUCUCUAUCCGAAGGACCUCCAGAAGAGAGCAAUCGUGGAUCAGAGACUCCAUUACAGCAACGACGUCUUUUACGUCUUGAAGCAAUCAACUGUAGCCUUACUCUUUUUUAAGCAACAACCCUCUGCAGAAUUACUGAGCAAGAUUCGAGAGACCCAAGAGAACGUGGAGAAGCUUCUGACUGGGCAAAAAUUCAUGGCCGGCGACUCUCUCACUCUGGCCGAUUACAGCUACAUUACUUACAUGGACAUCUUAGAGGUUUACUGUCCUGCAGGAAACAGGUUGCCGUUGACGAAGCAGUGGCAAGAACGCUGCAAGUCAACCAUGAAAGACUUUGACAAAGUCAACAAAAACGGCGCCAAUCAACUUUGUACCGCAAUUAAGCAAGUUCUAACUUAAUUAUCCUCCAAAUGUGAUGUCAAGCCCACUUGAUGACAUCUCAUUCUGUUACCAAGAGUUUUUCAAUAAUCCAAGAAUAAAAAGAGCUCUAGUUAACAUGAAGUAACCUUUUAUUUUCAAUAAUGUCCGUUCUUCAAACUAUAAAGCUGUAAAUUUUAUAAAAAUAUGUAAUUUUCAAAAAAAAUAAACGCACUAUGUCUCCUUUCA